GAGCUUAAUCACAGAGCACCUGACUAUCUGAGGAUGAAGUGUAGCCUUAUAUAGUCUAUUACUUAUGAAUGCUGAGAGGGACAGGGACACACCCCCUGCUCCGCUGUUUGCGCCCCUCUGAUCUACUAUCAGAUGGCUGCAUUUCCUCAUCGGUGCGGACCGCACUGAUUUCCGGUCAUUCUGUGCGUUCUGGUGAUCGCUGCUGCUGUGAUGAAGAGGAUGAGACUGUCCUGUAGCGGAUCGCCUCCAAGACCGGACUGUUGAAGACUCCCCUCUUUUCUCUUCGGAUCUUUAGAAAGCAACACAAGCUCCACGAAUCUCCUCCGAAGACUAGAAGACAUCCAGACUGCUAUAGUUUAUAAUCCUGACACGAUGGGGGGGUCACUCUGGAUUUCCCAUGGUGCUACUGAAGCGGUGUUCAGAGGAAGGAGCUUCAUCGCAGUUCUACCUCUGGCUUUAUUGUUGCCAACAGUACGAGUCAGUGCCCAAUUAAUAGGACUGGACUGCCACAAGACUUGUGUCUGUGCCAGUAACAUCGUCAGCUGCUCUAAGAUUAAUCUAACCAACGUUCCCAUCACUCUUCCACAAUAUACAGCUGUUCUGGACCUUAGCUUCAACACCAUCACCAGGCUACGUGCUGAGUGGACCCCCGUCCCACUCAGCAGACUACAUAGCCUGCUUCUUAGCCACAACGGCCUCACCUUCCUCUCCUCUGAGGCCUUUGCGAAUGUGAAAAAGCUUCAAUACCUGGACCUUUCCUCUAAUUGCAUCCGCCAGCUGGAUGAGUUCAUUUUUGAGCCGCUUGAGCACCUGGAGGUGCUGCUGCUUUACAGCAACUGCAUCUCUCAGAUAGAUCGCACUGCCUUCUCUGGUCUCAACAACCUGCAGAGGCUCUACCUGAGCCACAACCAGAUCUCACGCUUCCCCUUGGAGCUGGUGAAGGAUCGGAGCCGUCUGGAAUCUCUUAGACUGCUGGAUGUGUCCUCUAAUCGAAUCAAAGCCCUGCCCCUCAAUGACUUUCAGGCUCUACCCGCCUGGAUCACGAAUGGCCUGUACUUCCACAACAACCCUCUGCCCUGCAGCUGUGAGGUGCAUGCAAUGGUGGCACGCUGGUACCUCAAGGAGCUCAGCUCUGCCACAGACUUUAGGGGCAGCCACACUUGUGUCGUACCCGGCCAGCAGAAAGAGAAAAUUGCCAUACUGGAUCUGAACAAGGUGUAUUUGAACUGCAGUGAGGUCACGGCUAUGGACAAAGAAGCCUUCCUGGAGCAGUUCCUAUUCCUGGACUGUGACACUAGGGAGAGGAACAUGACUAAGAGCUGGGUGCUACCUGGAAACAUCUCAUUAACUCCAGCACACAAGACUGCUUUGAUGCGUCAUGAAGAUGGCAGUCUCCAGAUUGGGCCCCUGAAUGUGGAGGACUCUGGGGUCUACACCUGCUAUGCCACCAGUGAAUCCUUCAAUGAGACACUGUAUGUAACUGUAAUGGUGUUUAAUUCCACAGAGAUUGGGGGGCUGGAGAACCUAAAAACAGCCUACACCACCCUCAUAGGAUGUCUGGUCAGUUUAGUUAUGGUUCUCAUCUACCUCUAUCUCACACCUUGCCGCUACGCUUGUUGUCCAGGUCAGGAGAAAAGUGGCCCCAGAGACAGCCUCCACUCUUCAACUGUUAGCAUAUCUCACGCACACGUGGAGACGAGGCAAGAAAGAGUGGAAGGCGGAGGGUUCGCCAACAAACAUGGCGCCUUUCUGCAACCUAAGGACCAGCUGGAGCAGAAUGGGAGAUUGAACCCAAUAGGCGAGGAAGACGAGGAGUGGCAGGGGGACAACAGGGAGAGAAGGAGGUCUGACACAGAGUCUGUCAGCUCUGUGUGCUCCGAUACCCCUAUGGUGGUGUAAAAGUCAGUGGCAUCGCUCGGAGGGUAAGACAGUGAGGUCUCGACCCAUGUGGCUGCUACACAGAGAAAUCUAUGAUUUGAAUGUGUGCAAGAUUCAAAAGUUAAAGCUUUAGUUGUCUUUCACAGCUGAUGGCAUGUACUGUUGAUAAUAAAUAUACUGUCAGAGCAAUGUCUUGAUAAAAAACAAUUUAAAAAUGCCACAAAACAUUCUGAUAAUGCGGAGAAAUGUGGUUAGAAUAUUUUGUGACCUAAAAUGUUUUGAUGAUUGGAUUUAUCUCAAUCAUCAAAAACGGCAAUUAAUGCUCUUAAUAUUUUCAAAAGUGUCACUUUUACAGCAAACUAUUGGCUGCCCCUGCAAGAAAUUGCUGUGCACGUAAGAAUGCAAGUCCCUCAAAAGAAAUAAACAAACAGUAACUCUGAGCACUAAUUACUCAGAGAAAACAAACAGCUUGAAAACAGCGUGCUACUACUUAAACUGUGGCUUUUUAUGCACUGGGAUCAUGACACUACAAAGAUUGGAAGUUUUAAAGAUGUUGGACAAAAGUUGCUACUUGAAAGAGAAGCUAUUUUUAUGCAGAGCUUGCAGAGCUCACCUAAUUAUCACUGCAAGAUGUUUAAAAUGUAUGCUAUGUUUUACAUUCCGGUUUGGUUUUGUCGGCCUUUACGGGAGAUGAUACUGUAAGGAUUACUCUUAUGCAAUUUUAUUUAUCCAUAUUUUUUUCUGAUCUUAGUGCGGUUCAAUUAAUAAUAUGUGUGUUUGCAGUAACUGCGCUUCUGUUGAGGUGCUUUCUUUUCAAUAAUUAUUUGUAUUCAAGUCCAUUUUAAGUAAUUUUGGAUUCAGAAUCAUUAACCCAGCCUUUUGUGAUUCAUCUUACUUUUACUGUAAUUCACUUUAUUCAGAAAUCCUAAUUUCUAUUAAAUUAAUUUAAAUUUUAAUUGUUUCUCCAUAACAACAGUUACAGUUGGUCCACAAAUAUUUGGAUUUCCUAUUUGCAACAUACUGUAUCUGCUUAUUCUAAAUUGAGGUCUAAUUUGCAUUUAUGCUAUUUUUAAAGAGAUCUUAUUCUCAUAACCUGUGGGGUCUGCAGAGAUUCACAGUUGACAGCUGUCCACUGUCAGGGUAGUAGAGUUCAGCCUCUAUUUUUCAGUUUGAACUGUUAAGAAAAGCUUAAUCAUGUUCAGAAAUGCUAUAACCCCUAUUCUAGUUUAGAACGGAUACAUGAAAAAACACACACAAAUAACCCUACUUUCAGACUGCUAACAUAAAUGUACAUCCUGUCACACUGGAGUGUUAAUAUCAGCCGGGAAGCAUCACCCAAGGGAAACAACUGAGAGCGAGUACCAUCUACUGAAUGCCUUGGUGCCCAACCCUCAACAAAUCAGUAAAUGGCCAGCCAGCCAGCCACCAGUCUCAUAAACACAGUCAGAAAUAGCAGCAAGAAGUGCAGCCAGCACGCGGGCCUCCUGACGCAGAUAGACUGUAAAUGAAAGGUAGCAGUUUUCAAACACGUCUUCUUUUAGUUACAUUGCUGAAAUACCUUCAAGUUGUUGAUUUUAGAGGCUCAUAUCAUAACUAGAACGGUGUCGAACAAAAGCUUGUUUAUAUAAAACUAGAAAUACCAGGAGAUCCGUACAGAUGAUGUUUUCACAAACUUAAAGCUCUCUGGCUCUGUCGCCGAUUAAUUAUUGUCACACAGUUUAAAGUAGCACUGCUAAUAAUAAAAUGUAAACAUAAUUAUUCAUACUAAUAGAACAAUAACAAAACACAGUAAUCCCAGAUGAUAGAUGUAGCAAUGCACUGUAAAUGUACUUUUAUUUGGAAGGAACUGUUACUUUUAUCCUGUCACUUCUCAUGGUGCAUUUAUUAGCAUUAUAAUGUAGCUACAUCAUGAGGACCUUCGUUGACUUAUGUCUCUCAAAAGGGGAACAUUGCUACUGUAUGCUAAUGUUGUACAUAUUUCCUUUGUCCUCUUAAAGUUACUUAUAACCAAAGACUGUGUCAUAGGUGAGGAAUAAUAACCUACUUGUUCAGUGUUAGUUAUUAUAAUUAUUGUCAAUAGUAUGUUGAGGUUACAACUGUAUUUCUUUAGGCCACAAACUUGUAUUUUAAUAUAUGCAAUCCUGUAUAAGGACUUAUACAUGUAUUUUAUUAUUUGCUGCAUUAUAUCUUGUAUAUUAUUGUACCGUUUCUGUAUUUCAUAAACUACAAAAAUAUGUCAACAAAGAAUGAAUUAUGUCGUU